AUGUCUACCCCAUCGGCAAUGUUCGACAUGGCGCAAGGUCGUCGCGACCUGGCCGCCCUACCCUCCGACUGGCAACAAAACAUCAGAGAGGCUUGGGAAGUCGUCGAUCAACAAGGCCUCGGCUCCCUCAACGCGCGCGAGUGGCCCUUUGCCCUCCGCGCCAUCGGCUUCGACUUGGCCCGCACAGAGACCUACGCCCUCCUCCUCGCCCACGGCGUUCCGCCGCACGACCACGACCCCUCGCGGGGCCCCUGCAGCCCGUCCCGCUUGCGCAUGCCGCAGGAGCACUUCUCCGCCAUCGCGGCGUGGCUGCUGAUGCGUCGCGACCCGCAGGAGGAGGCCGAGGACGCGUGGAAGAUGUUUGACCCCCGCGGCACGGGGCGGGUUACGCUCGAGAGUUUGCGGGCCGUGUGCGGCGAGGUGAAUUCGACGCUGAGCGAGGCGGAUAUGAGGAGGAUGAUUGACAUGGCGGAUAUUUCGGGGAAGGGGUGGGUUAGUAAGGAGGAAUUUAUUGAGGUUGCCAAGGGCGGGUUUGGACGUGGUUGA